AUGAGCUGGGAAAAGCCCAGCAGGUGUUUGCGCACUUCUCGCUCCCAAAGGGGAAAAGGCAAAAGUAAAGAAGCAGAAAUAAAGAGAAUAAAUAAGGAGCUGGCAAACAUUCGGUCAAAAUUUAAAGGUGACAAGGCUCUUGAUGGCUACAGUAAAAAGAAGUACGUCUGCAAGUUGCUCUUCAUCUUCCUCCUGGGCCACGACAUUGACUUUGGGCACAUGGAGGCCGUGAACCUGCUGAGCUCCAACAGAUACACGGAGAAGCAGAUCGGGUACCUUUUCAUCUCGGUGCUGGUGAACUCCAACAGCGAACUGAUCCGUCUGAUCAACAACGCCAUCAAGAACGACCUGGCCAGUCGGAACCCCACCUUCAUGGGCUUGGCCCUGCACUGCAUCGCCAACGUGGGCAGCCGGGAGAUGGCCGAGGCCUUCGCUGGGGAGAUCCCCAAGAUCCUCGUGGCUGGAGACACCAUGGACAGCGCGAAGCAAAGUGCCGCCCUAUGCCUGCUGCGUCUGUACCGGACGUCUCCCCACCUGGUCCCCACGGGUGACUGGGCAUCCCGAGUGGUGCACCUCCUCAACGACCAGCACUUGGGCGUGGUCACUGCUGCCACGAGUCUCAUCACCACCUUAGCACAGAAGAACCCAGAAGAGUUUAAAACCUCCGUCUCUCUGGCUGUGUCCCGACUAAGCAGAAUUGUGACCUCCGCAUCAACAGACCUGCAGGAUUACACUUACUACUUUGUCCCGGCUCCCUGGCUGUCAGUCAAACUUCUGAGGCUGCUACAGUGCUACCCACCCCCAGAAGACCCUGCCGUGCGAGGCCGCCUGACCGAGUGCCUGGAGACGAUUCUGAACAAGGCCCAGGAGCCGCCCAAGUCCAAGAAAGUGCAGCACUCCAAUGCCAAGAACGCGGUGCUCUUCGAGGCCAUCAGCCUCAUCAUCCACCACGACAGCGAGCCGAACCUGCUCGUCCGCGCCUGCAACCAGCUGGGCCAGUUCCUGCAGCACCGGGAGACCAACCUGCGCUACCUGGCCCUGGAGAGCAUGUGCGCGCUGGCCAGCUCCGAGUUCUCCCACGAGGCCGUGAAGACCCACAUCGAGACCGUCAUCGCCGCGCUGAAGACGGAGCGGGACGUGAGCGUGCGGCAGCGGGCCGUGGACCUCCUCUACGCCAUGUGCGACCGCAGCAACGCCCAGCAGAUUGUGGCGGAGAUGCUGAGCUACUUGGAGACGGCUGACUACUCCAUUCGAGAAGAGAUUGUGCUGAAGGUCGCCAUCUUGGCGGAGAAGUAUGCCGUGGACUACACGUGGUAUGUAGACACCAUCCUGAACCUGAUCCGGAUUGCGGGCGACUACGUGAGUGAAGAGGUGUGGUACCGUGUCAUCCAGAUCGUCAUCAACCGGGACGACGUGCAGGGCUACGCCGCCAAGACAGUGUUCGAGUCGCUGCAGGCCCCGGCGUGCCAUGAGAACCUGGUCAAAGUGGGCGGCUACAUCCUGGGCGAGUUUGGGAACCUGAUAGCUGGGGACCCGAGAUCCAGCCCCCUGGUGCAGUUCAACCUGCUGCACUCCAAGUUCCACCUGUGCAGCGUCCCCACGCGGGCCUUGCUGCUGUCCACCUACAUCAAGUUCGUGAACCUGUUCCCGGAGGUGAAGCCCACCAUCCAGGACGUGCUGCGCAGCGACAGCCAGCUGAGGAACGCCGACGCGGAGCUGCAGCAGCGGGCCGUGGAGUACCUGCACCCGUUCCCGGAGCGCGAGUCGUCCAUCCUGGCCAAGCUCAAGAAGAAGAAGGGCCCGGGCACCGUGAUGGGCUUGGAGGAGGGCAAGCGGGAGCGUGGCCCCGACAUCAACGGGGGCCCCGAGCCGGCCCCGGCCAGUGCCACGUCUACGCCUUCUCCGUCGGCAGACCUCCUGGGUCUGGGGGCUGUGCCCCCCGCGCCCGCAGGCCCGCCCCCCUCCUCCGGCGGGCUGCUCGUGGACGUGUUCUCCGACUCGCCCUCUGCGGUCGCGCCUCUUGCUCCUGGCUCCGAGGACAACUUUGCAAGGUUUGUCUGUAAAAACAACGGGGUGUUGUUUGAAAACCAGCUGCUUCAGAUUGGACUCAAGUCUGAAUUCCGGCAGAAUUUAGGCCGCAUGUUUAUAUUCUAUGGGAAUAAGACCUCCACGCAGUUCUUAAACUUCACUCCAACGCUGAUCUGCUCAGAUGACCUUCAGGCCAACCUGAGCCUGCAGACCAAGCCCGUGGACCCGACAGUGGACGGGGGCGCGCAGGUGCAGCAGGUUGUCAACAUCGAGUGCGUGUCGGACUUCACCGAGGCACCAGUUCUCAACAUCCAGUUCAGGUACGGCGGAACCUUUCAGAACGUGUCUGUCAAGUUGCCCAUCACACUCAACAAGUUUUUCCAGCCCACGGAAAUGGCCUCCCAAGACUUCUUCCAGCGCUGGAAGCAGCUGAGCAGUCCCCAGCAGGAGGUGCAGAACAUUUUCAAGGCAAAGCAUCCAAUGGACACAGAAAUCACCAAAGCCAAGAUUAUUGGGUUUGGUUCCGCGCUCCUGGAAGAGGUCGAUCCGAAUCCUGCCAAUUUUGUGGGAGCCGGGAUCAUCCACACCAGAACCACGCAGAUCGGGUGCUUGUUGCGCUUGGAGCCGAACCUCCAGGCCCAGAUGUACCGGCUCACGCUGCGGACGAGCAAGGAGACCGUCUCCCAGAGGCUGUGUGCGCUGCUGUCGGAGCAGUUCUAGCCCCGCGACUCCUCGCUCAGCCGCUGUCUGCACAGCUGCAGGCCCGCCCGCCUGCCUCGUCCCUCAGGGUGGACGGGACGGCGCAGUGUGAGGACAGAGGCUGAGCCUGCACUGCAGCCGGCCUGCCAGGUCAGGAGGGCGGCCCUGGGAUCCGUUUUUAUAGAAAUCAGGACAGUUCUGUGGUUAAACCUACAAAUUAAAGGGAAACUAGAAGUUUGAGUGGAA